AUGGAAGGAAAUAUGCUAGAAGAAAAUGAUGCAGUUCGCGUUGCCAUCAAGGACGAUAAUCCAGUCCUUGAAAAUUCAGCUUUGGAACAAGAUAAGAAAAAUUUAUUUUGGAUGGGGAGCGUAAUGGAUUGCUUUUCAACGGUAUUGUCUUUAUUUGGUCGCAAUGAUCUUAAAAGUGGAAAAGAGGAAGAAUGGGAGGUUCCAUUUGACUCAAUUUCGGACUUGGUAUAUCUUGGAUCUGGAGCUCAAGGAGUUGUAUUUGGAGGUAACCUUCGCGGUGAGAUGGUUGCUGUGAAAAAAUUGCGUGACAAGACUGAGACGGAUAUCAAACAUUUGAGAAAAUUGAAUCAUGAGAAUAUAGUCCGUUUCCGAGGCGUCUGCAGCCAGCCACCGUACUUCUGCGUUAUAAUGGAGUACUGUCAGUACGGACCGCUGUUUGAGUUUCUCCACAGCGGUGUGUGCUUUUCGCCAAAACAAAUUCUAAAGUGGGCUAAAGAAAUAGCUCAAGGUAUGAGCUACCUCCAUAGCCACAGGAUUAUCCAUCGUGAUUUGAAGAGUCCCAACGUUCUCAUUGCGGACAAUUUAGUCGUGAAAGUGAGCGACUUUGGGACAAGUCGUGAAUGGAAUGACGUGAGUGCGAUCAUGAGCUUCACAGGUACUGUGGCCUGGAUGGCUCCCGAAGUGAUUCGACACGAGCCUUGUUCGGAGCGCGUUGACGUCUGGUCAUAUGGCGUUGUUCUGUGGGAACUGCUCACUCAGGAAGUCCCCUACAAGAAUUUGGAGACUCACGCUGUAAUGUGGGGUGUCGGUACAGAUACUAUAUCUCUGCCGAUUCCAUCAUCAUGUCCUGAUAGUCUCCAACUCUUAAUUAUUCAGUGCUGGAAUCGUGUUCCGCGGAACAGGCCCCCAUUUAAGAUCAUCUCCGCUCACUUAGAGAUUGCAGGUGAAGAGCUAAGUACAAUGCGUGUUGAUUGCUUCAGUGCCAUUCAGGCCACCUGGCGCAAGGAAGUACAGAGCUGCAUGGAUAAGUUUUAUGCCAGGAGUGAACAACCGCAGGCCCAAAAUAUGGCCCUGCGCCGCGAAGAGGAGAAACAAACCCGCCAUAUGUACGAGCAACAACUCACUCGCGCCAACGAGCUUUACAUGGAAGUAUGCGCUGUGCGCCUACAAUUAGAACAGAGGGAGAAAGCCAUCGUCGAGCGCGAGAAGGCUCUAAAAGGAUGCCGCUGCGGCCUGCGUAAGACCUUCAAGCAAUACCAACGCCAAACGUCAUCGUCCUCGGAUGGAGUGAAAGCUCCGCUAUCAAGCGUUCAAGUCUUUAAUGAGGCUGCUCACCGCCGCCGCAAGAAGAAGCAACCAGAACAGAAUGCCCCAGCCCAAGUUCUGGUGAACUUCGUCGAUGCAAAGGCGCAAGAUCCACAGAAGGUGACCCUCAGUGUCACCGACUUCAUGGGAUGCGGUUGCGAUGAUGUUCUUGAGAACAACAACAUGAAUACAAUCAUUAACACGAAGGAUACUGUUAUAGAGAAGAAUGGCAACAUUAUUAAUGACGACACCGUUUGUAAAAUUCAGAAUGCGGUCAAUGAUAAUUAUAUACAAGAGGUAGCUCAAGUUUAA